AGAAACCAAAAUGGCGACGAAGCCUCGCACUUUGUGGUUAACCUAAUCACGUCAACAACGAAUACAUUAUUUUAUUAUUCAAGAAUUGUUCAUACGGCUUAUUCGCGUUAAAUGUUUUCAAAAUGAGUCGAUGCGUGAGGUUAAUUCUUCAACAAUUUUCGAAACACCGUGUUGACCCUCCCAAGGUAUUAUGAAAUAGUAUCAACCGACGUAUUGACACUAUAUCAAUGCUAGGCUAAAAGUAUCACUAAUCCGAAACUUGACAGGCCGUUUUCACCUUUUAAUUAAUUAUGCGCAAUCCUCUAUCGACGAGGACAAUGGAGACUAAGGUUACAAGCAAGACUAGCAGCCUCAAGGCUCUGCUAUUAAGGGCUUGGCGCGAACGUUGGAACGACUUGCAAUGGGGAAUCAACAUAAAAACGAUUUUACCAAGAGGCGUGAGCGGGGACGUCUACAAUUUGGCAGAUUGCAUUCUGCAGCAGGCUUUAGUAGGCCCGGGACCAAAUCAGCUGGUGUUAUCAUACUUGAAACAUUCGCUGAGCUCGCAGCUGGUGUCUUACGCAGCUGUUCUACAGAGGAUAAGUAAAUAUGGUGCAUUUCACAAGCCGCACUGUAUUAUAAGCCUGUUAGAAUUUCUUGAAACAAUUCAAGUCGGUAUAACCUGCCGAGGAAAGCCGGAAGAAGACUUAUUAGCUGCCUCUGUACUUUCGAUAGUGCAUUGGUUGCUGCUGUGCUACCUCCAUGUGCUUAAAAUGCCCCAAAAUAAUCCGUCACUCACCUAUCCUGCAGAUUUGAUUGAUAAACCAGCAAGCAUUUUAAAACAGAUGAUCAACUCCGACUUCCUCUGCGCUAUGAUGUGCCUAGCUAAGCACGACGAUAAAGAGCUUUACAUGGAAGUGGUGAAUAAGUGCCAGGAAAUAGAAGCUCUUCAGAAGAAUAGUAUGGUAAAGUCUGCGGUACCAAUUGAGGGCUCGUUGAAACAACUUUGCAAUCUUGAUAUAGAAACACUGGCUGUGCAUUCGAAGAACAACAAGAAAGAACCAAUCACUUAUUGCCUACAACCACUACUCGCUGUUCAAGUAAUGCUCAAUCCAAGCACCGAAACCACAGUUCUGGUCAAUCAGCUCUUAAUGAUACAGAGAAUCAAGGGAUACUCCAAUGCCAGGUUGUAUUCGGAAAUUAUUCGCGCCUGCUUCAUGUGUCUGCACGAUGUAACCGGAACUUCCAAAGAGUCGCUGUGGGGUGCUUUUACCUUUUUGAAAGUACCGCACAUUUUGAAAGAAUUAAAUGCAACGACUUUGAGUGGUGAAGAGAAGUUGGAGUACUCCCAGGACAUCUUGGACGCCUUCGAAUUGUUACUUCAAUUUACUCCUCUGCUUGAUAUCAUGGACACUGCUUGUUCCUGUAAUUGCGUAGAGUGCCUGCUGAAUGAAUUACAAAAAGUCAAUUUGGUUACUGAGAAACAGGCGAAGCAGCUCAGCAGCCAGCGAGAAGGUGUAACUGCAGCGUUACAGAAAUUGGAACCAUCGGAAACCCCUAAGCCAUCAAUUCCGAAAGUAAUUAUUCGCGCGGAACCAACAUUGGCCGGAAUUCUAAAGACUCUGAAUACAGAUUAUACGAAAAUUCAGGAAGCACUGCUGAGCAUGCUGUGCCAGGUACUGACUGGAAAGAGUUUCGAAUUAAUCCUGGCCGUUGCAACUGUCGAGGGAAAGCUGAAAACCUUCGUCUCUAAACUGAUAAAGUUCAAUGAAUGUAGUAAACAAAUAAACGAUGCCGUGACUGGGAAAAUGGCCGCAACAAGAGCAAUGCUUUUCGAUGUUUCGUUCCUGAUGCUCUGCUCUAUCGUUCAAACAUACGGAUCUGAAGUAGUUCUUGAAGAAGAUGGUGAUUCGUUCUUUGAACAAUGGGUUCGAGAGUGUAUGGCCGAAAGAAACAAGCCCAAAUGCCCGCGUCGGAUGCUCCAAAACGUUGAGGCGGCCCGAGUGGACACAUUACUCGCCCAAAUCAAUUCCCCGGAUCCAGACUUCAAGUCUAGUAACAUGAAAUGGCACAUUGCUUGCCGCUCAGCAAUGGGCGCUGUCAAAGAACUGCUCUGCGCCUGGGAAAGUGGAGCGCUUGGGGCUGGCGAUGUAAAACGCGCAUUGGACGGUCUGCGAACAGCUGCCUGCUGUUUGCCAGUCUGUGCAGCAGCCUGGCUCUGCGCUCACGUCAGUAUAACACAUCAAGAUGCUCUGCUGAAGCCCAUGAACAUGGUUCAACAAUUCCUGACUCCUAUUUCCAGUGACGAGAUGCAGGAUAAUUUCAAAGAAAGAUCCAGCCUCAUGUUCCAAAUAAUACGUAAAAUGCAGUACGACGUUCAUCCUCCAACACAAUCCAAGACAAAAGUGCUUUCGAUGUCACACAGUAUAAUAUCGCGACAGCCGAUAUCUGAACAGUUAGAAACUGUGUGGCACGGAAUACAGCUAAGGGGCUGGAUAAACAUUGAAGCUACUCAAUCGCUAGAAUCUUUGUUGAACACCGGUGGUUCGCUGUGGUUCGUUUCGAAUUUGGUCAAAGAAGUAAUGAAGUACAGAUAUCAAGAGGAACUGGACCAGGCAGUGGAUUUAACGUUUGCAGUAUUUCACUUGGACAUUGAAAACUGCACCUUGGACCUGCUGCAUCACGUCAUUCCUCAGUACCUGUACAAUAGAUCGCAGAGAGAGGAACUAGUCGAACCUCAGUCUUCUGUGUUGGCGAAACUGUGCGUUUCGUGUAUCUACUCGACCUUGGAGUACAACAACUCGAACCCACCCAGAGGAAACAGUCGAAAGCGUGCAAGAUGCGAAUUAGACAGUGAAGAAUUGGACGCGAUCGGUGUGUCGGCCAACAAAAUAUUGAGACUGAACGAAACGGGGGAUUCAAGUUCGAUAUUUGACACGAGCUCUCCUCAGGCGCAGGGACAACUAAACGGACAGAAGUCUGUUCGCUUGAGAGAGCCAUUGCUUACUGCACUGAAUGUGUUGUUCAAAACUUUCACACUGCUUGCUGGGAAAGACGGCGAAGUAUCGCAGCAGACGCAUUUUAUCCUACAGUUCCUACGGUUCAUCGUUCAGUGUGGCAAGGAUAGAACCAGAAUCGUUCUACAAGGAAUGCCGCAGACUUUGGUUCCUUGUUUGCUCAAAGCGCUGCCGGAGUUAUUUACGACUGAUCUAUUACUCAAGUUGUACGAUAUUCAAACGACAGUGGGACGAAAAGCCACUGCAAGAGAUUUAUGCAUGCUGCGUAACAUAAAUCUGAAGCCUGUAAAAUAGAAUAUGAGCGCAAAAAUUAUCUGUAAAUCCUGUUAUAUUUAAGUUUAGUUCUUU